GGACUUCGUCAGUAGAAGUUGGCGCUAGUCUGGUUUGUCUUGAGCGUUGGUGGGAUUCUUCUUGGCUCAUAAAGAUACAACAAAAACAAGGCUAAAGAUUUUGUCAGUAAAAAAAAUCGAUUAAAUUAAUUGACGGUAUCAUUGUUGCCUUCAAGUUUUCUGCGCUGUACGUUGGUCAAUGGUCUCCACCUUGGCGACACUAGAUGCCCAGUGGAACCACCUUUUAUCUGAAUAUUUGUGCUUCAAGACCGUGUUGGCAUGUCACGAUUCCAUAUCCUUUUACUCUUCAUGGUGACCUUUAUUAGAGCGCUGAUGGGACACAAAGAAGGUAAUAUUUAGAUAUACUGUACUUUCAAUUUGACUAUUAAUAUGUUUCUUUACUCACAGUUUAAACUUUGCAUUAACCUUGAUGUACAACAUGUAUGCACAUGUUAUUAUAUGCCUGAUGUUGCAUAAGCAGUUAUGAUUUGGACAAAAUCAUUAAUGCCAGUAGAGACAAAUGCAUUCCCUGUCAGUCUCAUCUAUGGUCCAUGAUACAUUCCAUGCAAUGGGGAAUGAGGACAUACCUCCAUCGCCACAGUUAUAAGGCAGUAAAUGGAAGCAGCUGUGGUGGGAUCUUUAGAGGGACCUGACAGAAUACAAAGAGAGCAUGGGGUAUUUCCUGGAAAAAAACGAAUCCACUCUUGUAACAUUAUUUUUCAGUUAAAAAGGAGGGAGCAAAGAAGCCCAAAUAUGUAAUCUAUGCAUUUUUUCAUGAAUAGAUACGUUUUGUAGGUGAAUAGAAGUCCUCAGUCCUCACUGUAGUCACCUGUGUUUGCUAUCUGAUGUUGAGCAUGUCACCCCCUUUCAGACCAAUGUAAUUACAACUCCAGUCACAGACAAAUGACUGAGUGUGCACGGACCAGCUGUGGCAAGGCCCUAAUUUGACACCUACAAGACAGUGAUUUGAGUCACCUCAGAUCCACCCAAACUCAUGCCUGCUGCCAGUUGAUAAGAAAUCAAAACCACAAAGCAAAAAUCUAGUCGGCUAAUGGAUUGAUUCUGUCUAUGUCUCACCAUUGCUAUUAUCACACGUUCUUGUCAUUUACCACUUCUCCAACUGAAAUACAAAGGAUGCUAAUCGGGAAUGACCUUUCUAAACCUGAACAUUAGAAUAUAUCCAUUGAAACAAGUACAGUUGGACUGCAGUGAAUAGUGGGCUUGUGAAAUCCACCCCCUCCAAUAUGACUCAUUUCUCCUAGCUGGAUGUUCUCCCUGCAGUGGUCAUUGCAUAUCUUCCUGGUAAAGUAACCGGCUCUCUGGGAGCUGUUGAACGUGUGCCCGGCUGGUCUUACUGUGAUCCAUGUUGUGUCAGAGUCUGUCUUUUUACAACCUCACCGUCAUCAGGCAGACACAGUAGCAUCCUGCAUUAGUGUUAUAAUGGAAAAUAGGCUGUUAGGAUAAAGAGGUGUUUGACUAGUAAUGCUACUUACAUGUCUACUAAGAUGAGACAUGUUACAAAGGAUUUCAAUCACUGCAGAAUGAUUGUUCAUUGUAGAAUGGUUGGAACAUGUUCAACUAUAAAGUUGAUGUUUAUAUUUUAUUGUAUGACUGCUGCUGAAAUGUAAACUAUCUUGAAUACCAAAGAGUCUGUUUAUAGACAGUAAAUUAAGGAUUAUCCUCACUUGGAUUUGCUAACAUGAGGGAGACUUGGGUGCUAGAACUCUACUGGCAUGUUUAUGUGUUAUUCAGAGUCAGACUGGAAACAAGGCAUUUGAUGAAAAUUAUUGUAACAUCAUUGUAACUUCUUCCAGUGGAAGUUUAGCAGCUUAUUGCAAGUGCCCAAAUUACCAACAUUAUAAACUUUAUUGAGUUGUGUCAGCAUUAAUUGAAUUUUCAUUGGUCUAAAUUAAAAGUAAUGACACAUUAACUAUCCUUGUAGGCUGGGAAAGCUAUUCUAAUAUCUGGACCAAUUUGUUGUUACAAGUACUCAGGGAUAAUACUCAGCUCAGAAAAAAUAUCAAAUCUGGCAGCCAUCUUUCUAAACAGUAGAGUCUCUUAUAAAUAUCCUUCAAGGGAUUAUGUUCAUGAAAUAGGCUAGACCACAAGUGAGGGGAAAGAAUGAGGGUGGCAAGGGAGACCUACUGUAUGGAAAGUUAGAUUCAGCUCCUUGGUUUAAAGAUACAGCGUAAUGAUAAAGAAGGCAAAAAGAGAUGUUAACAGCUUUAGACCCAUUACUAACCAGUAAUUACAUUCAAAAUGGAGGAGAGGACCUCUGCUUGCCAGCUUCAUCUUCUUCAUGUGUCAUGAUUUCAGUGCACAUUCAGCAAAGUGUGCCCAGUUAAGUCAUUUCCCUACACUCUUUACUAUCACCUUUUACUUCCAUGUGAUGCUUAAACACUUUUACGUUGCAAUAAAUUAAACGUUGGCAAACUAGAAAGUCUGUCUUUUGUCAGAGACAUACUGGUUUGACUGGACUUCAGUUUUGGAUCCAAACCCCUGGCGAGUUUCCAUGUUUUUUUUUCGACUUCCCUUAUUGGAAAUCCAGGUGUCAAAUAGUAAGCUGGCUCAGGGACCAGAAAUCAGGUUAUGCAGAACUGAGACUUUGUGGAAAAACCAUUAGCAUGCCAAAAUACUUUCUCUGCAUGACCUAUAUUCCACUCUUCGUGUUCUACAUCAAAAUCAUUUGAUAUUUAUCACAAAUAAGCAAAUAAUUACAAAAGUAGGUUUAUGAGUGGGAAAGAACAGUACAAUAAUAGUCUGUCAUUGGUUUCAGGCUCUGGAACCACACUGCACAGCAGCUACAAUGAGGUUGUGCCAGAGGAGGAGUACUAUGCUCCCCGACUAGACUACAAAAGUACGUAAGGAGAAACACACAGUCACAACACUAACAUGAUCAACAACACAGGAAUAAGCUUGUCAUACUGUAAGUGGACACUUACACUGAAUUGGAAAUCUGCGUACCCCACAUCAUCACUGUUUUGAAAUCAGUAUCUCUUGAUGUCAAUUGGGUCUGUAGCACACUGGUCUUGCCGCUGUGUUCCAGUGUGUGAUUAAACAGUGUUGUUUUGAUGCAGAUCCAAGAUGGUGUCACUUUCUGAGGCUGGCCAAUGGGGAUGUGACCUGCCACUCCCCCCGUGGAGGGAACUACCACAGCACCCUGGGCACCCGCUGCGAGAUGACCUGUGACCGGGGCUACAAGCUGCUGGGCAGAACCUUGGUGCAGUGCAUGCCCAACCGUCGCUGGUCUGGGACCAGUCACUGCCGCCGUGAGUACAGGCUGAAUACAGACAGAUACAUGUCAUCUAUUGUUAAUGAAAAAUGACCUGAGUUUUCUUUAGAAAAACCUUCAUAGGAGUAAUUUGUAUCUCUUUUUGACUAUGGUGUGUCGACUCCACAGAGGUUCGUUGCAAUGCGCUGCACCUGAUCUGGCACGGCACGUACCACUGCACCCAGGGAUAUGUGGUGGACUCCAGGUGUGAUUACAUCUGUGAGCCGGGGUACCGGAUCGAGGGGGACCACUCUCGCACCUGUCUGGAUGGGGGAUCCUGGAGUGGGGCAGAGCCCAUCUGUGAAGGUACAGCCUAUACAGUGCCUCCAGAAAGUAUUCAUACCCCUUGACUUAUUCCACAUUUUGUUAUGUUACAGCCUGAAUUCAAAAUAGAUUAAAUUGAUUUUUUUCUCACCAAUCUACACACAAUACCCCAUAAUGACAAAGUGAAAACAUGUCUUUAGAAAUGUUUGCAAAUGUAUUGAAAAUAAAAUACAGAAAUAUCUCAUUUACAUAAGUAUUCACACCAGAGUCAAUAUACAAUGUUUGCCCAUUAUUCUUUUCAAAAUUCUUCAAGCUCUGUCAAAUUGGUUGUUGAUCAUUCCUAGACAAAUAUUUUCAACUCUUGCCAUAUAUUUUCAAGCAAAUUUAAGUAAAAACUGUAACAACAUUCACUGUCUUCUUGGUAAGCAACUCUAGUGUAGAUUUGGCCUUGUGUUUUAGGUUAUUGUCUUGCUGAAAGGUGAAUUCAUCUCCCAGUGUCUGGUGGAAAGCAGACUGAACCAGGUUUUCCUCUAGGAUUUUGCCUGUGCUUAGCUCCAUUCCAUUUAUUUUUUAUCCUGAAAAACUCCCCAGUCCUUAAUGAUUACAAGCAUACCCAUAACAUGAUGCAUCCACCACUAUGCUUGAAAAUAUGGAGAGUGGUACUCAGUAAUAUGUUGUAUUGGAUUUGCCCCCAACAUAACACUUUGAAUUCAGGAUGCUAUGCCACAUUUUUUGCAGUAUUACUUUAGUGCCUUGUUGCAAACAGGAUCCAUGUUUUGGAAUAUUUUUAUUCUGUACGGACUUCCUUCUUUUCACUCUGUCAAAUAGGUUAGUAUUGUGGAGUAACUACAAUGUUGUUGAUCCAUCCUCAGUUUUCUCCUAUCACAGACAUUAAACUGUAACUGUUUUAAAAUCACUGUUGGCCUCAUGGUGAAAUCCCUGAGCGGUUUCCUUCCUCUCCGGCAACUGAGUUAGGAAGGACGCCUGUAUCUUUGUAUUGACUGGGUGUAUUGAUACACCAUCCAAAGUGUAAUUAAUAACUUCACCAUGGUCAAAGGAAUAUUUAAUGUCUGCUUUUUUUUCUUCUCCCAUCUACCAAUACGUGCCCUUCUUUGCGAGGCAUUGGAAAACCUCCCUGGUCUUUGUGGUUGAAUCUGUGUUUGAAAUUCACUUCUUGACUGAGGGACCUUACAGAUAAUUGUAUGUGUGGGGUACAGAGAUGAGGUAGUCAUUCCAAAAGCAUGUUAAACACUAUUAUUGCACACAGAAUGAGUCCAUGCAACUUAUUAUGUGACUUGUUAAGCAAAUGUUUACUCCUGAACUUAUUUACAGUGCAUUCGGAAAGUAUUCAGACCCCUUGACUUUUUCCACAUUUUGUUACGUUACAGCCUUGUUCUAAAAUUGAUUAAAUUGAUCAAUCUAUCUACACACAAUACUCCAUAAUGACAAAGCAUAAACAGGUUUUUAGAAAUGUUUGCAAAUGUAUUAAAAAUAAAAAACGGAAAUAUCACAUUUACAUAAGUAUUCAGACCCUUUACUCAGUACUUUGUUGAAGCACCUUUGGCAGCGAUUAUAGCUUUGAAUCUUCUUGGUUAUGAUGCUACAAGCUUGGCGCACCUGUAUUUGGGGAGUUUCUCCCAUUCUUCUCUGCAGAUCCUCUCAAGCUCUGUCAGGUUGGAUGGGGACACAGCUAUUUUCAGGUCUCUCCAGAGAUGUUCGAUCGGGUUCAAGUCUGGGCUCUGGCUGGGCCACUCAAGGACAUUCAGAGACUUGUCCCAAAGCCACUCCUGCGUUGUCUUGGCUGUGUGCUUAGGGUCAUUGUCCUGUUGGAAGGUGAACCUUCGCCCCAGUCUGAGGUCCUGAGCGCUCUGGAGCUGGUUUUCAUCAAGGAUCUCUCUGUACUUUGCUCCAUUCAUCUUUCCUUCUAUCCUGACUAGUCUCCCAGUCCCUUCUGCUGAAAAACAUCCCCACAGUGUGACGCUGCCACCACCAUGCUUCACCGUAGGGAUGGUGCCAGGUUUCCUCCAGACAUGAUGCUUGGCAUUCAGGCCAAAGAGUUCAGUCUUGGUUUCAUCAGAUCACAGAAUCUUGUUUCUCAUGGUCUGAGACUCCUUUAGGUGCCUUAUGGCAAACUCCAAGCGGGCUAUCAGGUGCCUUUUACUGAGGAGUGGCUUCCGUCUGGCCACUCUACCAUAAAGGCCUGAUUGGUGGAGUGCUGCAGAGAUGGUUGUCCUUCUGGAAGGUUCUCCCAUCUCCACAGAGGAACUCUGGACCUCUGUCAGAGGGACCAUUGGGUUCUUGGUCACCUCCCUGACCAAGGCCCUUCUCCCCCGAUUGCUUAGUUUGGCCGGGCGGCCAGCUUUAGGAAGAAUCUUGGUGGUUCCAAACUUCUUCCAUUUAAGAAUGAUGGAGGCCGCUGUGUUCUUGGGGACCUUCAAUACUGCAGAAAUGUUUUGGUACCCUUCCCAAGAUCUGUGCCUCAACACAAUCCUGUCUCGGAGCUCUACGGACAAUUCCUUUGACCUCAUGGCUUGGUUUUUGCUCUGACAUGCACUGUCAACUGUGGGACCUUAUAUAGACAGGUUUGUGCCUUUCCAAAUCAUAUCCAAUCAAUUUAAUUUACCACAGGUGGACUCCAAUCAAGUUGUAGAAACAUCUCAAGGAUGAUCAAUGGAAACAGGAUGCACCUGAGCUAAGUUUCGAGUUUCAUAGCAAAGGGUCUGAAUACUUACGUAAAUAAGGUAUUUCUGUGCUAGAGCGCGAUAAGCCAAGAACAUUUUCAAAAAUUUAUAAAAAUGUGUUUUUGCUUUGUCAUUAUGGGGUAUUGUGUAGAUUGAUGAGGGAAAAACAUUAUUUAAUCCAUUUUAGAAUAAGGCUGUAACGUAACAAAAUGUGGAAAAAGUCAAGGGGUCUGAAUACUUUCCGAAUGCACUGUAGGCUUGCCAUAACAAAGAGGUUGAAUACUUAUGGACUCAAGACGUUUCAGGUUUUCAUUGUUAAUUAAUUUGUAAACAUUUCUAAAAACAUAAAUUCACUUUGAUAUUAUGGGGUAUUGUUUGUAGGCCAGUGACACAAAAUCUCAAUUUAAUCUAUUUUAAAUUCAGGCCGUAACACAACAAAAUGCGGAAAAAGUCAAGGGGUGUGAAUACUUUCUGAAGGCACUGUAUGAUUAGUCAGCACAGCCAAGUUUACUGUCUUAAAUGUUUUCUGAAAGCUUUUCCACUGUGGGGUUAAACUGAGGUGGUGUUUUUUGGUUUGAUAUGCCAGGAGGCAAGUGAAUGGUAUGUGAUCAAUUCAGCAUAUUUUUUAUUUAUUAAUGUAAUUUAAUCUUGAGAUACAUGCACCCUAUUCGCACAGCAAAACAUUUGGAAUCCAUCUUUCAAGCUGAUUGUUUUUCCAACUCUGUUUGUUUGUGUCUUUCAUAAGCCUGGGCAGCUCCCAAUGGGCAUGUCUUCCACAACACAGAUACUCAUUUAGUGCCUCUCUUUCCACGUUUCAUUUCCUCCUUCAUGCUUUGGGCUCAAAACCAAGACCAAUGGAUAUUUUUAAUCUACAAAGUUCCCUUCCAUCAAAAGAGGAAUUGAUUCAGUUGACCAAGACCAACAGAUGUUAACAUUUAACAAAACAAAAAAUCUAUUCUCUAUUAUUUUUCUUCACUGGUUUACCAAACUGGUGUUGUUUCAGAUCAUGAUCCUCCCAAAAUAAAGUGUCCCCUGUCCCGGGUGAAGGUCGCAGAGCCUGGGAAACUAACCGUCAGAGUGUCCUGGGACCCGCCGGUUGCCACGGAUACUGCUGAUAAAACACUAGAGUAUGUCAGUCCUUUUUCACUGCCUUUUCCCCUCUCCUCUUCUUCCUCUUCCCCUUUGCUUUAUCUGGAGGUGAAACGUUCUUUGUGUCUGUUUGCAGUGUAACGCUGAUAGGCCAGCGCCCAGAUACCAACUUUAAAGAGGGGAUAAACAUUAUCCGGUACACAGCACACGACCAAGCCAGGAACAGGGCUGCCUGCAAGUUCAUUGUUCGGGUUGAGGGUAAGGCAUCACUGUCAAUGUCAAUGACCUGACAUUUGGACUAGAGCAAAACCCAGACUUACAGGACAAACACUUUAUACAAACAAAUGUUCAACGUUCAAUUGAUACAUCUCAUCAUGCAACAAAAUCUGGAUUUUUUUUACUGAUUAUACAUCUAAUUCCCUUCAGUGAUAAACAACAAUCAUAUUUCCCUUAUGGAGAACUUCUAUAAACACUUUAUAGGCAUCCAAGAGUAAUCAUAUUCCAGUACUGUCAGAGGGCUGAUUCCACACAGUUCAGUGUGUACUGGUCGAAGAUGCUUGCUUUGGGCCCGUAUUCACAUAGCAUCUCAGAGUAGGAGUGCUGAUCUAGGAUCAGGCCCCCCGUCUGUAUGAUCUAAAAUACAUAACUGAACAGCAAUUGCUUUGUGAAUACAGGCUCUGCUCUCUGUCUCUCCCCAGUCAGGAGGUGUCCAGUCCUCAAGCCCCCUCUCCAUGGUUACCUCACCUGUGACUCUGACGGGAACAACUAUGGGGCGGUGUGCGAAUACCACUGUGACGGGGGCCAUGAGAGGCGGGGGACCUCCAGCCGAGUCUGCCAGUUCGACCGCAGCUGGACUGAGGCCCCCACCGAGUGUGUCAGUUAGUAUUUAGAGCCAAUGACCUUCUGGUUUGUUGUGUUCGCAAUUUAACCCAUACAUGUAAAGUAUACAGUGAUUAAACCAACAAUACUGUUUUUUUUAUUGUGUGCGCACGCACGUGUGCAGCAAUGGAGUUUAAAACAGAUGUGAACACAGCUUCUGCCCUCCUGGACCAGUUCUAUGAGAAGAGGAGGAUUCUGAUCGUGUCGGCACCUAACGUAGCCCAUGGAGACUACAAGCUCCAGAACCUUAUGGUACAGGUGAGUCAAGAGACUGUGUUCAACAGCAUCAGAACCGUGAUGUAUCAUGGGUAAAUUGACUGACUGACUGAUCUACAUUGACUAGUUAUUUAGGAGGUAAGGUGAUCUAUAAAUCUGUAAGUCUCAACUCACCCUUAAAGUAGUUUGCAAUGUCGAACACGCCAAGAGAGACAGCUGGAUGGUUAGGGCAUUAUCUGCUAGUCAGGGAAUUUCUGCACUCAACUUACUUUUACUAAGUCCUCUUCGUUCCUAUGUGGAACAUAAGGCUUCCACAAGAGAGCCCCACUGUUAGCUACUACGGGACUUAAUAAAAGCCUGUUCAGUGAAUGAAAUAUGAGCAGCUUGUUUGUAUGAUUGUGACCAUGCUUGGGGUGUUUUCAUGCCUAGAAAGCAGAUUGUGGUCUGGACCUACGACAAGUGACGGUGAUUGAGCUGCUCGGUUCCCCCCCUCGAGAAGUGGGCCGCAUCAAGGGACGUCACCUGGACAUUGAGGUCAUCGAGGGUCUGAGGUAAGGGGACCUCACAUAAUCAUGUUGGCUGCACUGCAUCUUCAGGCAAUCAAAUACACCAUCACUGACUUGACACCAAAUGGUUAUCUGGUACUGUGUGUUAUACAGGCAGGCUUUCCGGAUCUCCAGAUCCUACUUCAACAUGGUGCUGUUGGACAAGGAUGGUGUGGACCAUGAGAGAUUCAUCACUCCCACCACAUCCGAUGAGCUCUUCUCAUACAUCGACAAUAACCUGUUGGAUGAAGAAGAACGACAGCGGCUGGAGUUACACAGAGACUACUGUGACUAAGACAUCAUAGUGCCACCUGGUGGUUUGGAGAGGUCAGACACUUAUGCAGAUAGUGCAGAGGGAAAAGCUCUGCUAUGGAGAGAUACAAUCAACCGAGGUGGCCCAGAAUAGAGAGAGAAACAAGGAAACACGCAGAUAACAGCUCUGGUAGUCAGAUGUUUCCACUGGCUGAUAGAUAAUGAUCUGAUAUAUUUAGAUAUUAGAGGUAGCCUGUUUUACAGGUCUUAAAAUAUAGUGUAUGUACGUACCUUUUUUACUUCACUACCCAUACUGCACUGUAACAAAACGUGGAUGAUUACAGGUUUAGGCAUUUCACAUAUUUAUUAGGUGAAUAAAAUAUUUGAUACAGCCAUAGCAGUGGAGGCUGCUGAGGGGAGGACGGCUCAUAAUAAUGUCUGGAACGGCGGGUAUGG